GUAGUGAAGAUGUCCAGCAGUGACCCCGAGCGCCCUCAGUUCCUCUUUGUGAAGGUGCUGGCAAGCCGGGGGCGGCUGGAGGCGGUGACCCAGCAGAUGGGCUACCACCCACAGUACCUCGACAGUUUCCUCAAGACGCAGCACUAUCUGAUGCACAUGGACGGCCCACUGCCCUUCGACUGCCGGCACUACAUUGCCAUCAUGGCAGCUGCCCGGCACCAGUGCCGGUACCUGGUGAACCUGCACGUGCUGCAGUUCUUGCGGGCAGGGGGUGAUCCCCAGUGGCUGCGUGGCCUCGACUUCAUCCCCCCCAAACUCCGCAACCUCAAUGAGAUCAACAAGAUCCUGGCACACCGGCCAUGGUUGAUCACCAAGGAGCACAUUGAGAAGCUGCUAAAAAUCAGUGAGUGGAGCUGGUCACUGGCGGAGCUGGUGCAUGCUGUUGUUGUCCUGGCGCACUGCCAUGCGCUCGCCAGCUUUGUCUUCGGCUGUGGCUGCGAGCAGGACGAUGGGCCGGGGGGCCGAGGCUUGCUGAAGCCCUUGUCGCCCGGGAACCAGUGCUUCUGUGAAGCCACCGCCAGCAAUGGUUGCAGCCAGGAGCUGCUGCGCAUCAACCGCAAGCGGUCCUUGGACUCCUGCAUGGAGCUGGAUUCCCUCCGGGAACGCAUGCAGCGGAUCCACGUGGAGACUGAGGACAGGGAGGAGACAAGGCUGCUGCAGCAGGACCGAGAGGAAGAUACUGACGGGGAAGUCACCAGUGCCACCAACCUUGCAUGCUACAUGCAGGACCCUGACUUUGGAUACCAGGACUUUGCCCGGCGCGACGAGGAUCAGACGCAGGUAUUCAGAGUCCAGGAUUACUCCUGGGAAGACCAUGGCUUCUCACUGGUUAACCGUCUCUACUCCGACAUCGGGCAUCUCCUGGAUGAGAAGUUUCGGAUGGUGGAUGGUCUGCAAAGCAGUGCCAUGGCCAAGCGGCAGGGCUGUGAACCCUCCGUCUUCAAGCGGGGCAUCUGGAACUACAUCCACUGCAUGUUUGGCAUUAGGUACGAUGACUACGACUACGCAGAAGUGAAUCAGCUCCUGGAGCGAAUGCUCAAAGUUUACAUUAAAACUGUAACCUGCUACCCAGAGAAAACAAACUCAGAAAUGUUUGACAGGUUCUGGAAGCAGUUCAAGCACAGUGAAAAGGUCCACGUGAAUCUGCUCAUCCUGGAAGCCCGAAUGCAGGCAGAGCUGCUGUACGCGUUGCAGGCCAUCACCCAAUACAUGAUCUCCUAGAUGGUGGGGAGCUGUGCUGCGGCAGGGCCGGGCAGCACCCUCUUAUCCCUGGACUUGUGCGUGACCCAUCAUGCUGGGACGGACAGCAAGGGAUUACUCAAUUUAGUUUACUUGACUGUCUUGUUCCUUCCCCCCCUCCCCCCCCCGCCCCGAUGUGGGGCUUGCUGAGUGGCCCCAUUACGUGCAAUUACCAAACUGUGAGGCAA